GGUAUGCAACAAAAAUGGGAUGAUUACUGAAGUUCAUUUUGUCCUUGAUGAUGGCACUGGAAGGAUUGAGUGUAAUAAAUGGCUUCAAGAAGCAGCGGAAUCAAAUGAAGUGGACGGUAUCAUGGAUGGAGUGUAUGUGCGUCUUCAUGGACAAUUAAAAGGCCUUAAUGGGAAAAGGAUUUUGAAUGUUUUCUCAUUUAGACCUGUGACUGACUUUAAUGAGAUUGCCAGCCAUUUCAUUGAAUGUAUAUAUGUCCAUCUCUACAAUUCCAAGCUAAAGGCUGCUGUGCCUAACCAGCAACAUGUUACAAAUUCAACACCAAUAACACCCACAAAAGGUUACCAAGUUCUCCCACCAAAUCAAUUCUCUGGUCUGCAUAACAAUGGUCAGCCGAGGUUCGAAGAAAUGGUCCUGGAUUUUUUGCAUCUUCCCCCACACAGUGCAUCGGAAGGGGGAGUCUCUAUUAAACUUAUUGAAGAGCAACUUCGACUUCCUAAGGACAAGCUGAUGUUGGCUAUCAAAAAUCUUAUUGAUGAAGGCCAGAUUUAUGAAGCUAUAAGUGAUCACUAUAAGUCAACCAUCAAUGGUUGACAUUUUAAUAUACGAAGAUAUAGUUUGUGCGGAGUUCCAAUCAUCCUUUCUAUGCCUGUUAGUAAGGUUUAAUGUGUGAAUAUGAGCAAUUAAGCGUACUAGUUAUCCUAAGAUCUAUGGAUUUAAGCAAAGUAGGGAGUUUGCUGGUCCUUGAAUCUUGAUCUACUUGUUUUGUUUUGUAUUUUCUGUUGAUGUUUCCUUUUAUAUCAUGAUAAGA